GGGAGCCGAGGCGCGGCGGCCGCGGCGGCGCACAGCCUCGAGCGACGACGCAGCCGAACCUGGCCCGCGCCGCGCCGCCGCAGCUACAGGAAGGAUGUUACCUGCGACGAUGAGAAUGUUAGUGCUGCUGCUGCUACUGCCCCUGAGUCAGGCUGUUCCCAAGCACGGCACCACAAGGCUGGACCCUGAAGUGCAGCAUCCACCUCUACCCAACCCCUUCCAGCCAGGCCAGGAGCAACUUCAACUUCUUCAGAGCUACCUAAAGGGACUAGAGAGGAUGGAAGAGGAGCCGGAGCACAUGAGCCGGGAGCAGGUUCUCCUCUACCUCUUUGCUCUCCACGACUAUGACCAGAGUGGACAGCUGGAUGGCCUGGAGCUGUUGUCCAUGUUGACAGCAACUCUGGCCCCUGGAGCUUCUGACUCUCCCACCACCAACCCGGUGAUCCUGGUAGUGGAUGAGGUGCUGGAGACCCAGGACCUGAAUGGGGAUGGGCUCAUGACCCCUGCAGAGCUCGUCAACUUCCCCGGAGAGGCCCCGAGGCACACAGAUCUCAAAGAGCCCCCAGAGCCACAGGAUGUUGGGAGGCAGCCUCUGUUGGCUAAAAGCCCGUCAAGACAAGAAGCACAUGAAGCCCCAGGUCCCAGAGAAGAAGCUGGGGGACAGGUGGAGGCCAGAAGGGAGUCCUUGGAACCUGUACAGGAGGCUGGGGGACAGGCAGAAGCUGCAAGAGAAGCCCCAGGCCCUGGAGGGGAGGUUGGGGGACAGGUAGAAGCCAGGGACACUGGAGAGAGAGAAGAAGAGCUUCCAAGGGAAACACUGGAGUCUAAGAAAACCCCAAAUGAACUUGAGGUUCAUGCUAUUCAGCUGGAGAAUGACGAGAUAUAAACCUUGAGGAUGCAGGUUUGCACCCCUAGAAGUCUCAGUGCCAGAACAUAAGCCCCGAAGGGUAGGGUGUGUGUGUUAGGACAACGACCACCUCUGUGCCCCCUUCCUGGCCCCAGUAGUGGCAGGUCUUCCUGUGCAGCUCAGGGAGACCCUAAGUUGAAGGGCAGCUUUAGGGCCCAGAAAACCAAUAAAGAAUCAAAUG